AUGUGUGCAAAAUUAAUUCGAUAUGGUAUUAUUUUGGCUUUGCUGUUAGCAGAGGGUCAGCUUUCCUCAUUGCCAGAAACCCUGUCUGACAGUUCCGAUGAAAACGAAUGCUCUGGUGCGAGCUGUAGCUCUCCUGAAUCACAGAAUCUAUUAGACACAACAACAGUUGCAAACUUAAUCAAUAACGAACAUCAGCCCUUAUGCGAUUGUCAACCUGACUCUAGUGAAAUGCUGGAGUACACGACAGAGGACUCUUCUCGACCUUGUGCAAAUAAAUGUCCAAUUGUUUUGGAAACGGACACAUUCGAAGAAACAACUACGAUGCAACCAAUUGACUACGAAUUUGAUUUCGGCCAAGAGAACGACACCGCUGAACCAGAAGAAAACACGGGCGGACUUUCAAUCUCGACCGAUGGUUUGACUUUUGGAGCAAGCAAUCAUAUAUCACAUCUUGUCCAUCCAGAUGCUGCUCCAAUUUUAGCCUUUUAUCGCCGUGCUUUUGAUCGUUACAUGAGUGGUGAGGAUAAUAAUUUUGAGCAAAUACAGACUCAUGUAAGCUAUCGUCUGCUUAAAACCCUUGGAUGGAAAAUGGCUGAUGUCGAGCGUAUUAUGAAAUGGAACUGGAUACCACGUGAUAAAAAUGGCUUCAGGUUAGCUGGUCGCCCUCUAAAUGUUCCAUUACCUGCCAAUGGAAAAGUAUAUUCUUCCGUUGGUGGUAUUUCUUUUUACAAUAACGGAUCAUAUUCAUUAAAUUUGAUGGAAGCGGACGCUCAUAAUGCACUAUUUAAUUCUGACGAUGUGGAGUUGAUCAUGAAACGAGGUAUCACAGGCGCCUCGUUCUCCUUGACCCCACCAUUUGGAUCAAGUCUUCCGCAUCCAUUUCAGAAAGCUACAUGGGAACCCAAUAAAGAUUUGGCUGAUACAGACUUUCUUUUAACUCUUCUUCAUGCCGACAUUUGGUUAAAAGGCGUGGAUAUGCAAGCAGAAAUCUCUUCCCUGUCACCGUUCAAAACUCGCCGCGUCACUAAAAAGAGUUCAUCGACUCCACCUGACGAUUUAUAUGAACGCUUAUAUGAUACACAUUCCACAGAAGAAAAUACUCUCCUUCUUGCUACUCGUCGAUGGAUUGAGUCUGGUCCAAUCAAAUAUAACUAUGUAGAAGGAAACGGCACUGUUACGUAUUUUUUUGGUCCAGUUAAUAUGUCAGUGAAACACAAUAGCAUUCUCAGACAGGUGAGAAAUAACAUAACCGGUCUAAUCGACACGUAUAUUGGUGGUAGUUCUCCGAAGGAUGAACAUUUAUCCGCUACUUUAACGGAGAACUACAAUAAAUUUGGAAACUAUUUCCCUGAGCUGCUGAGACUGGGGGAACUAGGAAAAUUAGCUGCAAUAUCGUUAGUAUUUCAACAUUACUACAAAAGAUUAGCUUUGGCUGUUUUACCACCAUCAACUGACUCAGUUGCAAAAGUUUUGAAUGCUAACAACUUGAGAAAUCAAGUUUUUGGUGGAACAUGGCCAUUCGUCACUGAUCAACGCGUUGAAGAUACUUUAGACAGAUUACUGUUGCAACAAGGUUUUAAACUUUCAGAAAAAUACAGAGUAUCAAAUCUUGUUAGUGCUCGUAUGCAAAUACGUCAGUUACUAAUUAGCAUACAAAACAAUAAGACUAGAGAAGCUGCUGAAGCAAUUGCCAAAGCAUUUAAUAUUUCUUCGGAUACUAUCAGCAACGGCGCGAUAAGUUCCUAUCUUGCCAACAACAGGCCAGAUGCAGAGAAUGCUCUUCUCAAUGAAAUCAUUAUCGGUAUUGCCCACCAUAUCAAUAUACAUUCAGUUGGUUUGGUACGUUUGUAUAAGGCAAUGUCUGAGUCCGGGUACAAAGUUAAUAAUAAUACAGAUGCGUUACCAGAAUUUUCACAAGUUUCCGUUGGCAAACAGAUAACAGUUGGUAACAAUUCUGUAAAUGAUUCAUUAUGGUACUACGUUCCCACUACUACUUUACGAAAUGUACGUUCGGACGGACGCUUUUAUCCAAUUCGAGGUGGCAUCAAGUUGAGAACACUUCUUCAAUUCGAUCCCACUCUCAAACAUACUUUCUAUCCAUGGAAUUUUCCGAAAGUCGACAUAUUUACACCUACUCUUGGAUCGCUCAGUGCCAAGUAUGAAACUGGUGGCAGAGGUUCAGGAACUAUCAAUAACUAUAAAAAGGGAGCAAGUGGUGAUCCUGGCGGUGCUAGUUAUGGGACAUAUCAGAUCGCAACUAAAGCGGGUACCAUGAAAGGAUUUUUGAAAUUUCUGAAUGAAAAAGACACCGAGAUGGCAGAAAAACUGAAUCCGUUGACUCCUGGUACAGAUGAAUUUGAUAAAGAAUGGAAAAUUUUAGCAAAUAAAGAAGAAUUCGGUACAUUUCAACAUGAUUUUAUUAAGUCAACUCACUACGAUAAAACUUUAUCUAAAUUGUCUACAAAUUAUAAACUGGAUAUGAAUUUGGAUCAUCGAUCUUCAGUAAUCAAAGAUGUUAUAUGGAGCACAUCUGUACAACAUGGACCAUCAGGAGCUGCGAAAGUCAUCCACAAUGCAUUAGAAGGUCGAGACAUAGCAAGUUUGACUGACAAAGAAAUAAUUAACCGUGUAUACGCAGAACGAAGUGCUGAAAAUGGUAUGAAAUACUUUUCAAAAAGCUCUGAAGCUAUCAGAAAAGGUGUUAUUAAUAGAUUUAAAAAUGAAGAAAAUGAUGCACUGAAACAACUAGAAUGA